AUGCUCGCAUUUUCCAGAUUGGGUCUAUCCGUUCCCUUAAGAUCAGCUUUUAGACCGGCCCUUAGACCUGUUCUAAUAUCGGCCCUUACCACCAGAUCUCUCUUCGUAAAGACUAUUACACAACCUCCAGGUGAUAUCAUUGGAACUGUCAACGAAGCUUAUGUAGUUCCAACUCCGAAUAAAUUCACUGGUUCGAGGGCAUGGACCAUGGAAAGACUUGCCGUCGUUGCUAUGACUCCUCUAAUGUUGGCUCCUUUCAUUGCAGGCAGUGCAUAUGCUCCACUUGAUGCUGCCAUGAGUACUCUUCUUCUCUACCAUUGCUAUGCAGGCUUUGAGAGUUGUAUUAUUGACUAUAUUCCCGCCAGAGUGUACGGUGUAUGGCACUCCGUUGCCAUGGGACUAUUAGCUUUGGGUUCUCUCUUCGCUGGAUGUGGUAUUUACGUCAUCGAGACUACUGAAGAGGAGGGUCUUUUUGGCUUAUGUAAGAAACUUUGGACUAAGCAAAAGGCCAUUUAA